CUCUGAGCCUCAGCUAAUAGGGUAUUUUGGCUCUAUAAAUACGGACGCAUUUUUCUGGCUGAUCAUCAAGUUAGUCAUCGUUAGCAACAUAUACUUGAACAAAUUCAUUUCUUCCCUAGUUCCCCAACAACAUGGCCUCAACUGAAACUGCUCAUCACUUGUGCAAUGAGCAUGAGAUUGCCAGACCAUUAGCCUACUUCCCUGAAAAUAUUUGGUCUGAUCGCAUUGCUUCAUUUACUCUUGAUAAGCAGGAGCAUGAAAAGUAUGCCAAAGAGAUUGAACUGCUAAGGGAAGAAGUGAGAAGAAUGCUUUUGUCUACUGAAAAUAAUGUGAUAGAUCAACUAGAUUUGAUUGACAAAGUAGAACGACUUGGAAUCUCGUUUCAUUUUGACAACGAGAUUGAAGAGCAACUUCAGAAAAUAUUGGAUGAAUGUGCCAACUUUGAGAAGUAUCAGAAUUUUGAUUUAUCCACCGUAGCGCUUCAAUUUAGACUAUUAAGGCAACAUGGUUUCAAUAUCUCAUGUGGUGUGUUUCAGAAAUUUGUGGAUGCUGAUGGCAAAUUUAAGGACUCCCUCGGCAAGGACAAAAGGGGUCUCCUAAACCUAUAUGAAGCUGCUCAUGUGAGGACAUAUGGAGAUAGUAUUCUAGAAGAAGCCCAUACCUUCGCAACCACUAAUCUAAAAACAUGUGGAGCACAACUUGUUGAUUCUACUCUUGCAAAACAAGUGGAACAUGCCCUAAAGCAGCCAUUACAUAAAGGCGUCCCUAGACUUGAGAUUCGUCACUACAUUUCCAUCUAUGAGGAAGACGAAUGAAAUGACAAAUUGCUACCAAGGCUUGCCAAAAUGGAUUACCAUUGGUCGCAAAUGUUGCAUAAACAAGAACUCUGUGAGAUAUUAAGGUGGGAUGGCAGUGAAAUUGGUCAACUCCCGGAGUACAUGAAAACUUCCUUUAUGGCACUUCUCAAAUUCAAUGAGAAGCUUGGCGAAGAUUCAGCCUUAAAACAGAAAACCAAUGCAUUCAAUCUAUACGUGGAAGAAUGGAAAAAUUACAUGAGGGCAAGCCUCACACAGUCGAAGUGGUUUCUUACAAGAGAAUUACCAUCUUUUGCUGAGUACUUGAAGAUUGGUAUGGUCACAAGCACAUACUAUCUACUACCAGCAGCAGGCUUCUUGGUAAUGGAGAGUGCAACAGAUGAUGCUGUCAAGUGGUUGUUGAGUAAUCCUAAACUAAUUCUGGGUAUCACGAAACACCGGCGAAUGAUCAAUGAUGUCGGCACUUAUGAGUUUGAGAAAUUAAGGGGUGCCACAGCAAUUGAAAUUUACAUGAAAGAUUGCAAUGUAUCGGAGGAAGAGGCGAUGAAGAAGUUUGAAGACAUGGCUGAUGAUGCUUGGAAGGACAUGAAUGCUGAAUUCUUGAGGCCUACCGCCGUACCAAGAGAUGUUCUUCUGAUGGCUCUGAAUCUAGCAAGGAUUUGCGAAGUUAUUUACAAGAACCGUGGAGAUGGAUACACCAAACCCCGUGAGCUAGAAGCCCAUAUAAUCGCAAUGCUAAUAGAUUCGCUGUCUGUUUGAGUUCGGAAAAUGACAUGAUUCUGUGUUUGUUUGACUGGCGAUUAAGAAGAGUGUUCAUCCUUUGUUUGUUAUGUCACCCUUCCCUUCUGGCUC